UCUCCAGCACCCUUGGCCCCCCACGGCCGUUGGUCCGGGCGGGGGAGGGAGAAAGUGAGACUCGGUGUCAUCACCAUCCAUUGUCAGGAGGGGAGGAAACUGGAAUCCAGCAGUGGCGAGCAGCAGCUGGGCGGUCACAUCUGGGAAUGCAAAGCCGACCUCCCCCCCCCUCCUCCUCCACCACCUCCUCCUCUUUCACCCAGGAUCACUUCCGAAACCACUUCGUCUUCAGCCCCUGCCUCGGCCAGAGGGAUUUAUUUAAUGGGGAUGUGUUCAAGGCAAGAGCGAAUUCAGAAGGAUAUCGACGUCGUGAUCCAGAAGUCCAGAGCCGAGAAGGACUGCCUGUUUGCAGAUUUCAGAUACUCAGACUCCACCUUUACUUUCACCUACGUUGGCGGCCCCAAAAGUGUAUCCUAUUCAGUACAUGUAUCUGAAGAUUACCCAGAUAAUACAUACGUGUCAAGUUCAGAAAAUGAUGAAGAUGUAUUAGUUACUACAGAACCAAUUCCAAUAAUUUUUCAUCGAAUAGCAACAGAAUUAAGGAAGACAAAUGAUACUAACUGUUGCUUAUCCAUAAAAUCCAAAUUACAGAAGGAAAAUGGAGAGGAGUCAAGACAAAAUAGUACAGUGGAAGAAGAUUCUGAAGGUGAUAAUGAUUCUGAAGAAUUUUAUUAUGGAGGACAGGUGAACUAUGACGGGGAACUGCACAAGCACCCCCAGCUUGAGGCUGAUUUGUCGGCAGUGAGAGAGAUAUAUGGGCCGCAUGCAGUUUCUCUCAGGGAAUACGGAGCCAUUGAUGAUGUAGAUAUUGAUCUGCAUAUUGAUGUUAGCUUUCUGGAUGAGGAGAUUGCUGUGGCUUGGGAAGUGAUUCGAACAGAACCUAUAAUUGUCCGACUGCACUGUUCACUUACACAGUAUUUAAAUGGCCCAGUGCCCACUGUUGAUGUCUUUCAGAUUUCUACAAAAGAGCGAUUUGGAUUGGGACAUCAGCUGAAAAAGAUCAUGCAGGCAUUUGUUACACAGCAGUGGAAACAGAGCAAAGAAAAAUCCAAUUGCCUGCACAAUAAGAAGCUAUCAGAGAAGAAGGUGAAAUCUCCCCUGCAUUUAUUUUCUACCUUGCGCAGGUCGCCAAGUUAUCCUCCCCCUGGUUGUGGUAAAAGCAAGUCCAAACUGAAAUCUGAGCAAGAUGGAAUUUCCAAAACACAUAAGCUGCUGCGGAGGACUUGUUCCAGUACCGUCAAGACCGACGAUGUGUGUGCCGCCAAGUCGCACAGGACCUUUGGUCGCUCCCUGUCCAGCGACCCCAGGGCUGAGCAGGCCGUGGCGGCCAUUAAGUCACACAAACUCUUGAACCGGCCCUGCCCAGCAGCUGUCAAGCAAGAGGACUGCCUCACUCUGAAGUCGCACAAACUGUUGACUCGGUCCUGUUCUGGAGACCCGCGAUGCGAGCACAAUACCAACUUGAAGCCCCACAAACUGUUAAGCAGAUCUUACUCCAGUAAUCUCAGAAUGGAAGAGCUGUAUGGACUGAAAAACCACAAGUUGCUCAGCAAGUCUUACUCCAGUGCUCCCAAGUCAUCCAAGACGGAGCUUUUCAAGGAACCUAACGCAGAGGGCAGGAGGCUCUCUCUUACCUCAGGGCUUAUCGGUAUCUUAACACCAUCUUCAUCGUCAUCUUCCCAGCCUGCUCCAAAUGGUGCCAAAUGCAUUCCAAUACGAGACCGUGGCUUCCUAGUGCAGACAAUUGAGUUUGCUGAACAGCGGAUCCCUGUAUUGAAUGAAUACUGUGUGGUUUGUGAUGAGCCACAUGUCUUUCAAAAUGGCCCCAUGCUUAGGCCCACUGUGUGUGAGCGAGAGCUGUGUGUGUUUGCUUUUCAAACCCUGGGAGUAAUGAACGAAGCUGCUGAUGAGAUAGCAACCGGAGCUCAGGUGGUAGAUCUACUAGUAUCCAUGUGUAGGUCUGCACUGGAAUCUCCUAGAAAAGUUGUCAUUUUCGAGCCAUAUCCUUCUGUGGUGGAUCCUAACGAUCCUCAGAUGCUGGCCUUCAACCCCAGGAAGAAGAACUAUGAUCGAGUAAUGAAAGCACUGGAUAGCAUAACUUCUAUUAGAGAAAUGACACAAGCACCAUAUCUGGAAAUCAAGAAGCAGAUGGAUAAACAAGACCCCCUUGCUCAUCCCCUACUGCAAUGGGUUAUUUCAAGUAAUAGGUCACAUAUUGUGAAACUGCCAGUUAACAGGCAACUGAAGUUUAUGCAUACUCCACAUCAAUUCCUUCUUCUCAGCAGUCCACCAGCCAAAGAAUCUAAUUUUAGAGCUGCUAAAAAACUCUUUGGAAGCACCUUUGCAUUUCAUGGCUCACACAUUGAAAACUGGCACUCUAUCCUGAGGAAUGGUCUGGUUGUUGCUUCUAAUACUAGACUGCAGCUCCACGGUGCAAUGUAUGGGAGUGGAAUCUAUCUCAGUCCAAUGUCAAGCAUAUCUUUUGGUUACUCAGGGAUGAACAAGAAGCAGAAGGUGACAGCCAAAGAUGAGCCGGCGUCCAGCAGUAAAAGCAACAGUGCAUCACAGUCACAGAAAAAAGGACAGCAGUCCCAAUUCCUGCAAAGCCGUAACUUAAAAUGCAUAGCCUUAUGUGAAGUGAUCACCUCACCUGACCUGCACAAACAUGGAGAGAUAUGGGUCGUCCCAAAUACUGAUCAUGUCUGCACACGAUUUUUUUUUGUCUAUGAAGAUGGUCAGGUUGGAGAUGCGAAUAUUAACACACAAGAAGGAGGCAUUCACAAAGAGAUCCUUCGAGUAAUUGGUAAUCAAACUGCUACUGGUUAAAGGACCAUCAUUUAAUUAACAUGAUUUGAAAGCCUUCCUCGGGUUCAAAGCUGGAUUUUGAACUGAAGAAGAUGAUAAAAUAAUUUAUUGUUAUUAUAAACAAAAGUAACCCUUUGAAUACUGAUUUUUUUCUUAGUAUUUCUAAGUAUCUUAUUAAAUACCUAAAAUGGUAUAAAAUUUAUCAAUUGUAGGGUUAUGGAAUCUAGUAAUAAAAUUACAACAGCACUUAAACUGAAGUUUGGGUUGCUCACACAAUAAACAGAUUGAAAAAACAGUUUUGUGCUGAUAUUUUUAUAUUAAACUCUUUAAUUGGAAAUUUGGUAUUAUAUACCGACAUUUUAGGUUACCAGAAUAGAAGUGAGAACAUUUUAUAAUGACGUCUAAAUCUAUACAGUACUUUGCAAUAAGUAUGUUUGCACAUUCUGAUGUACUACUUAAUUAGUGGUAUGAACAUUCAAAUGUUUUGGGGAGGGAUAUUUCCUAUUCUCCUGUUAUUUUUUUCUUAUACAAAAACAAUUAGGUCUUAGAUGCAGUGCUUUGCCCAAGAGUAUGUAAUGUAUAUAUCUGCAGAUUGAUGCAUCAAAAUGUGUGGUCGUGCAUGUAUGUGUGUGUAUAUGCACAUAUAUGUGCUUUGACAACAGAGAUGGCACGGCUCCACGAUUCUAUGCUCAUUUAAUGAAAAGAAAAUAAUAUUCAGUAAGCAGUAAAUCUGGACAUAAACCAAGAUAUGAGUCAAAUUUACCACCAUUCAUUCACUAAAGAUAUUUAGAAACAAUUUUUCUAUUUGUUUAAUUUCCCCUUCAGUUAAAAUUCAACUCUUUUAUAAUAUUAUCUAACAGUUAUAAUUUGGGGAACACAGAUGCCCCAGGUGGACUAAUUCUAUAUUCAAAUGGUUAUAUGUUUAAAAGAAGGGCCUCAGAAUUUAAACAAACGGUAUAUAUUUUUUAUUUCCUACAAUGGAACAUUUUUAAAAUUUAUUUAUACCACACCAGCAUUUUUUAUAUUUUUUCAUCUAAUAACCUCUGCUUAUUUUUUUUCGUAUUGAGAAAGAAGACAAAUGUUGAAGUUUCUUUUAUAUUAAAAGAACACAAAUAAGUUUAUAGAGAAUAAUAACACCAGCUCUUAGCAUUUUCCUUUCAAGAGUCAUGUGCUCAUCAAAAUCAUUUCUGUUUCUUUGGGUCCUAAAGUUAUUCUUAUUCAUUGUAUGUUUUAGACUGUUUAUUUUCCUACACGAUGUCUUUGGAAUAAGGCCAUUCAUGAGAGCAGUUUAAUUAGCAAGUCUACCACUCUAUUCAAACCCUGAAUCAAGGCUCUUAUCUGAUUCUAAUUUAUUUAGAAAGAAAAAAUAAAUAAAAAUGUUCAGUCAUUUGCAAAUAUAAUGUUAUAACUUCUGUGUUUAUUUCCUUUGGCAUAAAAGGGGAGCACAAAGGUCAUAUUCAUUGUUAAGGGUUGCUAUCUAAGAAGUAUUUGCUAAUUGUUUGUUUUCUUGUAUUGUAAAUAAUUGAUAUGCCACUUAUGUCUGCAAAAAUAGUCUUGAAGUGGAUGGGAUAUUAAUCAUUGUGAUAGAAUCCACUUAAAACAUUGAUCUGUUCUGAUUUGUGCCUCUGAACUCAAAAGCCAGACUGAGGGAUCCUAUUGCAUGGUAGGGCCGAGCUAUAGUAUCUUACUUAGUGUUCUGUGACCAGAUACUUGAAGACUUUACAUGGUACAAGAGGACGACUUGCUUUUUUUCUGUCAAGAUUUCCCAAGUCUUCCAAAAAACCUUUGACUGGGUUCUUUUUUUUUAAAAAACAGUUUUAAGCAACAAAACUAUAUUUCAAAUUAAUUUUGUGGCUCGUUCGAUAUAUAGCAUCAUUGUGAAGAUGUACUAGCAGGAUUUAGAAAUUGAGGUCUUGGAGCCCGACCUGUGUAGCAUCUAGUGCCUCCAAGCAUAGUUUUACAACCAUGGACCUAAUCCAUUAAGGUUUGACUUCACAGUUGAGUGAUCUGUAAGGAGUGAAGUAUGAGAAUCUGAACUGGAAGGGUAACUUGGAGGACUCAGGGGAGAGUAUUUCAGGGAGGAAAAACUGGCAUAAUGCAAACUUCUACUGCCAGUUCAAGAUUAAAAGUAGAUUAACCUCUUAGAGCAAGGGAAGUGGUUGAUAGUUUUAAUGCCUACUAAAUAUUACAGACAAUAGACAUCUUUUAUGAUAAUAAAAUCACAUGUCUCCUAAUGGUAAUUCAUUGAAUGUUAUUGCAAUGUAGAAUGACAGAUUGUAAAUUUGUUUUGAAGAAUUAAGUUCAGAACCUUUGUAAGCAAAUAUUCUAAGUAUUAGAGCCAGUCCUUUAAUUGGACUUUUGAUAUUGUGAUAACUAUAGCAUACUGAUACUUAUCUUUAUUUUUAAAGAAUCUAAUUUCAGUAUCUAUCAUUAGUAAAUGAACAUCAUGCUUCCGAGAUCCAAGUAGGUCUUUAAAAUGUAGAAGUUUGAACAUUAUCAUGCCUUGAUUCAGUCACCCCAUUAAGAUUACCUAUUGACAUAUUUGAUGAUUCCAAACAUGGAUAUUGUAUUGUAUUUAUAUAAUAUUUGAAGUCUGUUUACUGAUGCUUUGUUAUAGUUAUAUUAAUUAUGUAGCCAUUACUACAUAGUUAACCCGCUGAGGAAAGGUAAUCAUUUAUUUUCAUUCUUGAAGUAGGGGAAGAAGAACCUUAACUUAUUUCUACUUUUUCCUGUAUUACUGAUUUUGUAAACAUUUCACAAUGAGUAAUUUGUCCUCUUUCACUGUCCACUGGAUUAAAAAAUAGAAGAAAAUGAUUGAACAUUCAAGAAGAGAAAGGAGUAACAAUAUACUUAUAACCUAGUGCUAUAGAAUACAUUAUGGGAAGGCACUUUUGGUGCCUUACAUUGCAUUAUGUUGAAAUGAUUUUUAUUUUUUUUGCUCAACAAAUCUCAGUCAAAUGUUGGGUGUGAAGGUGGUUUUCAAUUUAAAAUUUAAACGAGUGCCACAUCCUUAAACGUAGUACCAAAUAUGUGAUGUGAGAAACCAACCCCAAAACUGUUGUUAAUGUUCUGAAUAUCUCAUUGAAAAAUUUAAGAGUUUAGAAAAGACAUCUCUCAGUUAUUCUCCGCUUUGAUAAAAGAAAGGAAACUUUUGAUAUGCAAGUCUAUGAAUUUUUAAUGUCAUUGAAAGAAUUUUAGCAGUACUUCAUACCAUCAUAAUACCAUAACUUGCCAGAGGCCAUGGUGUUUGAGAAAAUUUUAAGGAAAAACUCAUCCUCCUUGUUAAUGUCUGGAUGCCUUCAUGAGAUAGUAAUUUAAUAUGUCACAAAGGGCCACUCAACCUUGGACUGUCUACCACUGAAGUAUGUGGAUUUCAUAGUAGCACUUGAAGCACAUUGUAAAAAUAUUAGGAUGUUAUUCGAUUGUUCUGCUGAAUUCUUCAUUAUAACGCUACCUCAAGACAAAUGAUACACUGUUUGUUAAGGUAACUUGGUUUCCAGUCGAAAGAACAAUAAAAUUUUGCAAAUGGAAAUUAUCAGAUAAUUCAGUCAAGACCAUGUUGCUGGACAUAGAUAUUGUCAGUUACCUCCUGACAUGCAGAAAUAUGGAUAUUUCAGUCACUGGUGCUGAGUGACAUAGCUAAGACCCAGUGAGUGAGGUGAAGGGGUUUCAAGGCAAAGUUUGAAUAUAGUUAGUUCCCUUUAAGAUUGGUUUUCUCCAUGGGCCAGUUUUACAUCCAUUCACCUAAGCCACAAACAAUCGCCCACUUACAGUUAAAGGGUUAAAAUACUCAACUGCUUUGCCAGAAUGGCAGACUGAAUAUUCAAUUCUUUUGGCAUUGAAUGCCUGCUAAAUUUUUGUCAGAUUAUAUAUAAAUUUGAUGUAUAUUAUUGUCCAGUCAGUUUUUCCUGGAGAUUUUGUAUACACUAUGAUAUAUUAGGAUAAGUUUUUGUAGGUUAAAAGAAUUUCAAGUAGUUUUUAGACAAAACAUAUCCAUGAGUGUGAAAAAGCUGUGUUGAAGAAUAGAUUACAUUACACAUUUACCAGCAAGUCAGUAAAAAAAAAUAGUGCUUAUUUACAUAGUCAACAUAAUUUAAUGUCCUAAAAAUAUUUUCUUCAAUCUGCCCAAUAUUUAAUGUAUCAUUUGAGAUUUAAAAAAAUGCAGCCACUCCUUUAUGUAAACAUUAAAAGAUGCCUAUGUUUCUUUAAUUAUCCAGCCUUCUUUACAAUAAAUUUCUUGACUUUUGUGCACGAAAUAGUAUUGCAACCUGCUAUCUAGCCUUUGGUGCCUUAGAGUUAUUAUAAAUAUUUAACAAUAUGUACAUAAUGUAAAUACUGCCAAGAGAUCACUAAGGCCAAAUAUUUUCUCUAUUCACUUUUUAUUGCACUUGCUUUCUAUUGCUACUUAAGCCUCUUUUACCCAGCUUUGUAAUAGUUCUAACAUUGUAGCCAAUGUAAAUGUUUACUUUCAAUAAAUCUGAAUUUGUUCAACAA